UCACGCAUCCUAAAAUAAUGGCCUGGUAGAAAAUGGCGUUGACCUCGUGGAAAACAUUCAAGUUCUUCGAUGUAUCCCAGGUGAAGCUCCCCGAUGACGAGAGCUCCUCACUGUUCGAAAAAGGGAAAAUUACCAGCGUUGCCUCCGGCUCCGACAAUGUUUUCCUUGGCAGUACCGACGGUGUCGUCCGCAUCGUUUCGAGUGGUUUCAAGAUAAUCCGCUCGUUCCAGGCCCAUGACGCUGGAGCUAUCACGCAAAUCAAACAAAUUCCGGGAACAUCACUUUUGGUCACCAUUGCCGAGGACCUUUCGAGUGAACCCGUCCUCAAGGUCUGGGCCCUCGACAAGCUCGAGAAGAAGACCGGCACGCCUCGAUGCCAGUCCACACUCCAGAUACAAAAUGGUCGGAAACAGUUCCCCGUCUCGGCCUUUGCUGCUUUGGAGGACCUCUCUCAGCUUGCGGUGGGCUUUGCAAAUGGUGCAGUUACUGUGGUUAGAGGAGACUUGAUCCACGACCGAGGAGCCAGGCAGCGGACGGUCUUUGAAUCAGAGGAGCCCGUCACCGGCAUCGCCUUCAGGGAAGGGAACAUCUCGACGCUCUAUAUUGCUACUACGGGGCGGAUAUCGACUCUGGUUAUCUCUGGAAGAGGCCAAGGUCAACCAGCUCGAGCAUUGGAUGAGGCUGGUUGUGGUGUUGGUUGCAUGACCGUCGACAAAGUCACUGGCGAUGUCCUUGUCGCCCGGGAUGAUGGUAUCUACCAAUACGGACUGAACGGCCGAGGACCAGUAUAUGCCUAUGAGGGCCAGAAAAGGAUGAUCAGUACCUUCAAGGACUAUGUUGCCGUAGUAUCACCUCCCAAAAACAACGCCAUCAGGAGUCCUACAUUACGUGCAUUUGGUGGCAGCCAGACAGACGAUCUGUUCAGCACCUCAAAUUUUACGCUGCUCAAUACAGAUUUGAAGUUCAUUGCACAUCAGGAAGCUUUGCCAUCGCAGAUUCAAACCGUCUUUGUUGAGUGGGGUGAUCUGUUCGUGAUGACAAUGGACGGUAAAUUGUACCGCUACCACGAGAAAUCAUUCCAACAAAAGCUCGAGCUACUCUAUCAGCGCAACCUGUACGUUCUUGCCAUUAACCUGGCCCAGAAAGCCGGGUUAGAUACGGCGCAGCAGAACGUCAUUCUGAGAAAGUACGGAGACCAUUUGUAUCAAAAAGGGGAUUAUGACACUGCGAUGCAACAAUACCUCAAAGCCAUUGACAACACUGAGCCGUCACAAGUCAUAAGAAAGUAUCUCGACACGCAACGGAUUCACAACCUCAUCGAAUAUCUCGAAGAAUUGCACGAGCAUCAAAAGGCUACUCCAGAUCAUACGACUCUGCUUUUGAACUGUUACGCCAAGCUGAAAGACGUCGAUAAGCUUGAAGCGUUCAUCAAGUCGCCCGGUGAUUCCAAGUUCGAUCUGGACACUGCGAUAUCAAUGUGUCGCCAGGGUGGCUAUUAUGAUCAGGCUGCUUACUUGGCCCGGAAGCACAACGAGCACGAAUUGGUGGUGGAUAUCCUGAUCGAGGACUCAAAGAAAUAUGCCGAAGCACUGGCAUACAUCUGGCGAUUGGAACCCGAGAAUGCCUACGAGAAUUUCUUGAAAUAUGCCACUGUACUUUUGGAGCACUGUCCAAAGGAUACAACGCAAAUAUUUAUCGACUACUACACUGCCCGUUUCCGCCCAAAGAAAGAUGCAGUUGUCAUCCAGAAUGCACCUGCUCUAAGUGGUAUGGGCAUAGCAUCAUCGGCUGUCCAAAAUCUUGCAGCACUCUUGCCUCUGCCGUACAUGAACUCUAAUGCUAUUCAAUCGCCGGCGUCUGGAGAGCAAAAGAUGACAACUAGCCAAGCGCAGAUUGUCGAAUCAGGGGCGGACGAGCCGGCUGUGGAGUAUGAGGUUCCCAAACCAAGGACAGCAUUCUCAUCUUUCGUCGACCACCCCUCAGAGUUUAUCAUUUUCCUGGAAGCAUGCAUCAACUCAAAAGAGCUUAACGAGGAUGACAAGUCUGAUCUCUAUACCACGCUGUUCGAGAUGUACCUUCACACGGCAGCGAGCCGAAAGGAUGUCGAGAAAGAAGAAUGGGAAAACAAAGCAAAGGAGCUCAUCCAGGGCAAGGAUAUUCCCAUCGAUAAUUCCAACGUGCUUCUUCUCUCUGAGAUGACCAACUUCCGCGAUGGCACCAUCCUUGUCCGCGAGCAGCAAGGACUCCGGGCAGACAUCUUCCGCGCUUAUACCUCUGCGAAAGACACGACUGGCGCUAUCAAAGCCCUGCGCAAGUACGGUCCCGAAGAACCUUCACUCUAUCCCGCUGCGCUGGCCUACUUCACCUCAUCGCCCGAGAUCCUUGAAGAAGCCGGAGAUGAACUCGAUGCAGUCCUGCGGACAAUCGACGAGGAUGGUCUCAUGGCCCCGCUUCAGGUCAUUCAGACUCUUUCGAACAAUGGUGUCGCCACUAUGGGCAUGAUCAAGAAGUACCUCGCCACCACGAUUGAGCGCGAACGCCUUGAGAUCGCCAACAACCGCAAGAUGAUUGCGACGUUUGCCGAUGACACGAGCGCCAAGAAGGCUGAGUUAGAAGCGCUGAAGGAUAAACCCAUCGCUUUCACGGCAACGCGCUGUCAGGCGUGUCCCUAUCCCCUCGACCAGCCAAUUGUGCACUUCAUGUGCAAUCAUAGCUUCCAUCAGCGCUGCCUGAACGUCGACACGGAGAGCGACGUGGGGGAUGAGCGGGUCGAGUGUCCGCUGUGCGCGCCUCAGAACGCGACGGUGCGGGCGAUUAAGAAGGCACAGGAAGAGAGUGCCGAGAGGCAUGACAUUUUCCUGGAUGCGCUGCACAGGAGCAGAGACAAGUUUGGAACGGUGAGCGAGUGGUUUGGCAGAGGGGUCAUGAGCGCGCCGACGGUUAAUGAGUAAAUGUUUGAGGAAUGGAAGGGUGAUUCAUGUGGAUGUUUUUUGGUAGAUAGAUGAUAGCUAUACCAGUGUCAAGUGUGUUUUCUGGUCAAGGGUGGAACAUUCCUAGGGAGCGGGGCUGCUGGACGAGCGCGGUUGCCCGAAAUGAGCAUCUCGGAGAUUUACGACGGCCGCUCCGGAUGCGUUGGCAGCGAGCUCAGGCGCAGCAGCAGAGAGGCAUUUCAUUUGGGCAGACCCGCUAGAUCAAGGCUGAGCACAAUAUACGUGGCUCGGCCGGUCAGCGGAGAGAGGCAGAGGUGGUGCUUCUUCGGGCUGGAGAGGGAGGGUGGGAGGGGUUAUCGAUAGGCACACACCAAGCUUUCCU